AUGCCUAUCAAGGUUGUCCUGGGAGCUCAAUGGGGCGAUGAAGGAAAAGGCAAAUUAGUUGACAUUCUCGCACCCGAAGCUCAACUCUGCGCGAGGGCUGCUGGAGGUCAUAAUGCAGGCCAUUCUAUUGUCGCCAACGGCGUCUCGUACAGCUUUCACCUGCUCCCUUCCGGUCUCAUCAACCCGAACUGCAUGAACUUCAUCGGCUCCGAUGUGGUCUUCCACGUCCCUUCGUUCUUCUCAGAGUUGAAGCAGCUUGAAGAGAAAGGACUUCCCAAUGUCUAUGAUCGGAUCCUUGUGUCUGAUAGAGUCCACAUCAACUUUGACCUUCACGCCGCCGUCGAUGGUCUCGAGGAGAUUGAGCUAGGAGUCCACCGUGUUACACCCUUCACAACAAAAGCUAACAUUUCCGUGAACGGUCCCUCAUACAGUACCAAGGCUGCUAGAAGUGGAAUUCGUUUGGCCGACGUGUUCGACCAAGAACUCUUCGAAUCAAAACUGCGUCGACUGGCACAUGGCUACAAGGCCCGCUACGGCGAUUUGCUCAAGUACGAUGUCGAGGAAGAGAUUGAGAGAUUCCGAGGAUACCGUACGGAGCUCGCAACGUAUGCCGUUGAUGGUUUGAGCUUUAUGUAUUCUGCUCAAACGAGCAACAUGAACAUCAUUAUCGAGGGUGCAAAUGCCGUGAUGCUCGACCUUUCGAUGGGAUCGUACCCCUAUGUCACUUCAUCCAACACCGCAAUUUCUGGCAUCAUCGCCGGCUUGACGCUCAACCCUAAGGCCAUCACAGAGACAAUCGGAGUGGUAAAAGCCUACACCACACGUGUUGGCGCCGGCGCUUUCAAGACGGAAGAUCUCGAAGAGGUCGGAACAAAACUCCAGGAGGUGGGCCGAGAAUGGGGAACGUCCACAGGCCGAAAACGUCGCUGUGGCUGGCUCGAUCUCGUUGUUGUGAAGCACGGUCACAUGGUCAACUACUACACCGCGUUGAACUUGACCAAACUCGAUGUACUCGAUUCCUUCGAGACAAUCAAGAUUGCCAUUGCGUACAAAGAUAAGAGCACAGGCCAGGAACUUGACUAUUAUCCGGCGGACCAUAACAUACUAGACAACGCCGAAGUCGUUUACCACGAAAUGCCUGGGUGGAAUAAGCCGACGACCAACGCCCGGACAUAUGAUGAGCUUCCCAAGCAGGCCCAGGACUACAUCGAGUACAUUGAGAAGUUCAUUGGAGUAAAGGUAAAAUGGAUCGGUACUGGUCCUGACCGCGAGGCUAUGAUCACGCGUAACUAA